CCUCCGCCUCAGAUAUCUUAUCACUCGCAGCAACCUCGUCGUCUCGUCCAGACAUGAUAUCUUUACAUUUGAGAUCGAUACUGUUGUGCAUCUUCGUCUCACAAUGUACAUCGAAGACUCCAAUACAGCGUGGUUUCGACACCUCAAACCUUCACAAACGAGCCUACUCGCACUCAGACCACGUGCAGUGUGAUCAUGGCAAGCCCGACACUUUCGGAGGACAAGAGAGCAGAUUUGAACCAUCCAGACAGUAUCUUCCAGCACAAGAGAGUAAAGUAGAACCUUCUCGGCAAUACCUGCCCCAGCCUGGACCUGUUCCACCGAGUAGUCCUCCUGACAUAGAAGCACCGGCCGCUUCGUUUGAUCAGCCGAAAUUUGUGUCAGUAGAGAACACAUUUGUAUCACCCUCGCUUCAAAACAACUAUAAAUCUCUCUUUGGACAAGAUAAAAAGGACCUGAUCGCUCCUGCUGCUGCUCAAAGUCCUUCUAAUGCAGUUCCUGCUCCAAGAGUCUCGAGUGAUAAGAAGCAUUCUCAUGAUGACGAGAACAACCUUGAGCGACUAUGUAAUGACGCGUUUCACAGCUUCUUGUGUAAGCCAAUAAAGGGACCCAGAAAAACUCCAACUGGAAGACUGAGGCCGAACGCUGUCAUACCUCCUGACGUGUUGUCAGGGCUAGCUUCAUUUCAGGAUGUUGCAAGAGUCAAACCUGAUCCUCCGAAGCCAACCACACAAAGACCGUUUUCUCAAUUUCCAACCACAAGAUAUACUCCAACAACUACUACAACUAAAAAGUACGAGCCUUUCAUUCCUGAAGUACCAAGUCCAAGCAAUAACAACAUUCAAGUUUUGAAACCAGCUGCGCAAACCCCAGGGUAUUUCUACGAAAAGCCUUCAGUUCCGUUUCCUUCAAAUCAAUAUCAACAGACUCAACGGCCAACUUAUCCAACUCCACGACCUACAACACCUAGACCAGCUCCAACUCAGGGGUAUUCUUACGACAAACCCAGCAUUCCAUUUCCCAGUAAUACCAUUCAGAAGUAUGCUCAGCCUUCAAAACACGAUUGUGAUAAACUCCACUCUCAUUUUUUGAUUCCUAACCCAUCCAACGAAAAUCCAUCAUUCCUUAGACCACAAUCCCCUCCUACACCUAAGCCAACGCCUAAAGUAUACUAUACAACCCGAACAUAUCCACCUACCCCAAAACAUGAUUGUGAAAAGCAUAACCCUCCUUCUCCUUUUCUUAUUCCAAACCCCUCUAACGAUAACCCAUCCUUUCUGAGGCCUGUAACCCCUACUACACCUAAGCCAGUUCCAAAAACAUAUUAUACAAAACCAACAUAUCCACCUCCUCCUAAACAUGACUGCGACAAAAAUAAACCGUCUUCUCCAUUUUUAAUCCCCAAUCCUUCAAACAACAACCCAUCAUUUCUCAUACCCAAUACUAUCCCUUCUCCUAAACCAACAACUACAACAUUUUAUUCAAAACCAACCUUUUCAUCUACAAACAAUUACUCUCCGUUCCGAAGUGCAACCCAACCUACUGCUAAGCCACAUGAUUGUCAAAAACACGCCUUCUCAUUUGCACCCUCAACUGAUUCCCCAAAACUUCCAUUACCUUCUAAUAAUAUAGCUAAAGUAUCUCCUUACACUCCAAAACCUGCUCCAACGUAUUACCAAAAACCUAUUUACCCAUCUCCAAGUAAUGAUUUCUUCCGAACAUCACCUCCACAGUCCACUCAUGAUUGUAAACAGCAUCCUACACCCUUUUUCAGCACAACAGAAAAAGCAAAGCUGCCUUCAGCUUCCAACAACAUAGCCCAGAUAAUAGCACAGCCUCAGCAGAUCAACGCUGUAACAAUCUCUCCCCAAAAACCUACGGGUUACUCCUACGAGAAGCCUGCAGUCCCAUUUCCACCCCCAAGACCAAUUACUCAGAGGCCAACUCCACCUCCGUUUACGUACCAAACCACCACAUCAGGGGGCUACAAUUACGAACAGCCUCGUAUUCCAUUCCCCAGCAACAACAUCGCUCAAAUUAUUUCUCAACCAAGCACCACAACAACACCCAAACCUUGUGAACACGACAAACACAAUUUUCCAUCAGGCAGUGCUACAAGUCAAAAUAUCUUAAAACCAGCAGCCGCUUCAGAUGCUUACGUCUACGACAAACCAAACCAACCCUUUAACGGGUACAACUACGACAAGCCUUCUAACCCCUUUCUGCUACCUAGUCCCGCAAACAAUGCUCCGCAAGUGGUAGCGAGCCCCGCAAACAAUGGGUACACCUACGACAAACCCAACAAACCUUUCCCGCAGACGAAUCCUUCAAACAAUAACCAAGUAGUAAUAGGCCCUCCAAAGUCACCGAGCACCUACAAACCUUCAGGGUACUCUUAUGAGGCACCUAGGGUACCCUUCCCUACAAACAUAAACUCCAAAAUCAUCGCACCUGAUGACAAACCAAAUUACGACGCGAAGCCUCAAACUCAGGUAGAAGUUACAGUCAGGCCUGGAUACUCUUACGAUAGACCAAGCAACUCGUUCAGUGGCGAGUCGGGUUACGUCUAUCCUGAACCAUCCGCACCUUUUAUCAGUUAAGUGCGUCAAACGAUUCAGAACUUUGAUUUAAAAUCACACUGAAUCGCUAAGACUGAACUGAAGUGUAUAGAUGCACGAGUUACCAGUGAUUUCAUAGACUGAUGUUGGUUACCAAUGUAUAUUGAAGUAAACAAGUUUUAAAUAAUACAAUUUUGUAUUAGUGCUAUAUUUUAUGUAAGAAUAUUAAUAUGUAAUUAAAGAUAUUUGUCUACUAAAAA